GGAGCCUGGGACGGGCGAGACGGCAGGCAUGAGCAGCCGAACCAGGAGCUGAGCCCAGAUGAGGACCUGGAGGCCCAGAGAAGGGACGUGACCUGCCCCGGAGCGCACAGCUGGACCAAGUGGCGCAGGGUUUCCAAUCCAGGACCCUGAGACCCCACGCCUGGUGUUGGGGCCCAGUCCCCAGGCUGCCUCCCAGAUCCUCUGGGGCAGCAGUGUCGCCUGCCAGCCCUGUCCCAAGGAAGAGCUCUAUGGAUGCUGGCGGAGUGCCCCCUUUGCAGACGGACAGACUGAGGCACUGAGAGGCGCAACUACUGGGUUGGACCUCAGUUUCCCCAUCCUCUGACUGGGUGGGGACCCCCUGGCCCCGGCCAGCACCAUGGGCAGCAACAAGAGCAAGCCGAAGGAGGGAGGCCAGCGACGCCGCAGCCUGGAACCCGCUGAGGCCCCGGGCGCCUUCCCGGCCUCGCAGACGCCCAGCAAGCCGGCCUCUGCCGACGGCCUCCGAGGCCCGGCCUCCGCCUUCGCGCCCGCCGCCGCGGCCGCAGCCGAGCCCAAGCUGUUCGGGGGCUUCAACUCCUCGGACACCGUCACCUCCCCGCAGAGGGCGGGGCCGCUGGCCGGCGGAGUGACCACCUUCGUGGCUCUCUAUGACUACGAGUCACGCACAGAGACUGACCUGUCCUUCAAGAAAGGGGAGCGGCUCCAGAUUGUCAACAACACAGAGGGAGACUGGUGGCUGGCCCACUCGCUCAGCACAGGACAGACUGGCUACAUCCCCAGCAACUAUGUGGCGCCCUCGGACUCCAUCCAAGCUGAAGAGUGGUACUUCGGCAAGAUCACCCGACGGGAGUCUGAGCGGCUACUGCUGAACGCAGAGAACCCCAGAGGGACCUUCCUGGUGAGGGAGAGCGAGACCACGAAAGGCGCCUACUGCCUCUCGGUGUCGGACUUCGACAACGCCAAGGGCCUCAACGUGAAGCAUUACAAGAUCCGCAAGCUGGACAGCGGCGGCUUCUACAUCACCUCCCGCACCCAGUUCAACAGCCUGCAGCAGCUGGUGGCCUACUAUUCCAAGCAUGCCGACGGCCUGUGCCACCGACUCACCACUGUGUGCCCCACGUCCAAGCCGCAGACCCAGGGCCUGGCCAAGGACGCCUGGGAGAUCCCGCGAGAGUCGCUGCGGCUGGAGGUCAAGCUGGGCCAGGGCUGCUUUGGGGAGGUGUGGAUGGGGACCUGGAAUGGCACCACCAGGGUAGCCAUCAAAACCCUCAAGCCGGGCACCAUGUCUCCGGAGGCCUUCCUGCAGGAGGCGCAGGUCAUGAAGAAACUGAGGCACGAGAAGCUGGUGCAGCUGUAUGCCGUGGUGUCAGAGGAGCCCAUCUAUAUCGUCACGGAGUACAUGAGCAAGGGGAGUUUGCUGGAUUUCCUCAAGGGGGAAACGGGCAAGUACCUGCGGCUUCCUCAGCUGGUGGACAUGGCCGCUCAGAUCGCCUCGGGCAUGGCCUAUGUGGAGCGGAUGAACUACGUCCACCGGGACCUCCGCGCGGCCAACAUCCUGGUCGGGGAGAACCUGGUUUGCAAGGUGGCGGACUUCGGGCUGGCCCGUCUCAUUGAGGACAACGAGUACACCGCCCGGCAAGGCGCCAAGUUCCCCAUCAAGUGGACGGCGCCUGAAGCCGCCCUCUACGGCCGCUUCACCAUCAAGUCGGACGUGUGGUCCUUCGGGAUCCUCCUGACGGAGCUCACCACCAAGGGACGGGUGCCCUACCCCGGGAUGGUGAACCGGGAGGUGCUGGACCAGGUGGAGAGGGGCUACCGCAUGCCCUGCCCGCCCGAGUGCCCCGAGUCCCUGCACGAGCUCAUGUGCCAGUGCUGGCGGAAGGAGCCGGAGGAGCGGCCCACCUUCGAGUACCUGCAGGCCUUCCUGGAGGACUACUUCACGUCCACCGAGCCGCAGUACCAGCCCGGGGAGAACCUAUAGGCCAAGGCGGCCCGACGGCACUCGGCCUCGGCAGCUGGGCCAGGCUGGGCUCCCAGCGGGUCUCAGAGGCGGGGCCUGGCUGCCCUCUGCCCGCCCGCCCACUGUCGGCCCUUCCAGUGAGGGCUGGAUUCAUGGCCCAGGCCUGGGCGGUGGGGGACGGGGAAGAACCUCCAGGCCUGGGGCAGCCCAAGAGGCCGGGAUGGAGGCCAGCACCACACCGUGACCAUCUCAGCGUCCGCCCUGGCCACGCACCGGCUCCCUGCCUUCCCUCCGAGGCCUCCCAUCUCGGGAGGAGGAACUGGGAUGAAGGGCUGGGCCAGGAUGCGCGUUUCCACACGGGCCCCCGCCACCCACCUGGCUCCUUCCCCACGUCCUCCCCCCCCCCAGGGCUGUCUCAGAGCUGGCCAAGAGCCUUUCCAAAGAGGAGCUUGCCAGCCUGCCCCGGCCUUCCAGGGCUGACAUGUCCGUGAGUGUAGCCACUGGGUCUAGAACCUUCUCCCAGGGUGGACAGCCCACGGCCCAGUGGGACUUGGUAAUGGGGGAUGGGAUAAACACUCCCCCCCCCAAUCCUACCUUUCACCCCAGGGAUCCUUGGAAAUGGUCAGUUUCUUGCCCCCAUUUUGACAUGGGGAAACUGAGUCCAGAGAAGGUAUGUGACAUGCC